GCAGGAGCACGAGACCGAAAGCGACCGGGCGUCCCCGUCGCAUCCGCGGGACGGCAACGGGCCGGUCUCCCCCACCGACACCGUCCAUCCGCCACCCGCACGCGCCCGAGCGCCCGCGCCAAAUACCUCCGCCCCGCGCGCGCACCUGAUUCCCACCCAAACUCGCCGCCGUCCGCCACUGCCAAUCGCGCCGUGCGCCCAUCGCCUUCCACCCGCGCCUACCCGGCGCCCGCACACCCCGCGUCCUCUCUUGCUUCGUUUCUCCCGUCGCUUGACGCGGGAUCCACCCAAAACAGCGUCCCGGUCUCGUGUUCGUCUCCGCUCCGCUUCUCCGGUUGUGCCCGCCUCGGAAAGACCAAAGUUAGAAACUUCCGUUGGUAAGUCACCCCCGCUUUACCCACCCCACCCACGCCUCCCCAAAAACUGCCGCUGCCCUCCUCGGCUCCUCCUCCUCCGCCUCGCCCCCUCCCCUCUCUUUUUGUGAGGAGGGAAGACAGGCGGAUGACGAGGCGACGGGCGCAGAGCUCACGCACCGCAAGCAUGUGCCUGCUCAGGGGGCGGAGCAGGUGAGAGAACCCGCGGUUAAAUUGCCCGCCUGCCUUCUCGGCGUUCUCCCCAUAGUUUAGUGCCAGCGGUAGAACUGUUUGUGGGUAUGGGCUCCAAUCUCAAGUACCGAGCUGGGCUGUGCCUGAUUGUGGCCGUCGUGCUGAUUUGGGUCAUCUCCGCGGAGGUCACGCAGGGGAUAUUCACAAAGUACAAACAUCCGUUCGCAAUUACUUACUUGGGGGUCUCUCUUAUGGUUAUAUAUCUCCCUCUGUCAUUUCUAAAAGAUUUUAUAUACAAUUCGAUGAGGAGGCAUUCUGGAAGCACUAAAGCUUCAAAAGUCACAAGCAAAUCUUCUUUUGGCGGUAGUGCCCCUUUGAAGAAUGGUGAAUUUCAGAAGAUGUUGGAAAUGGAGUCACAGAAAACUAUAGCGAUAAAUUACAGUGACGUGGACAUUCCUAUACUAGAAGAGUCAAAACCACUUAUAUGUGGAAUCACUGAAAUUAAUGAUGGCGUUUUGAAGGAGCAGGAGCUUUCAGCUAAGGAGAUCGCAACUUAUGGAUUGUAUCUUUGCCCCUUAUGGUUUGUGACAGAGUAUUUAUCAAAUGCAGCGCUUGCAAGAACUAGUGUUGCCAGUACCACUGUACUGUCUUCAACAUCGGGACUCUUCACUCUUUUCAUUGGUGUGUUACUUGGCCAAGAUUCCAUAAAUGCUGCAAAAGUUAUUGCUGUUUUCGUUAGCAUGGCUGGAGUGGCAAUGACAACUAUGGGUCAGACUUGGGCAUCAGAUGAAUCAGAAGUAGGCAAGUCUGGGGCUACACAGAGGACUCUUCUAGGUGAUAUGUUUGGUCUUAUGUCAGCGAUCGCAUAUGGUCUAUUUACUGUGCUUCUCAAAAAAAUUUGUGGAGAGGAAGGAGAAAAGGUUGAUGUCCAAAAACUGUUUGGUUAUCUUGGACUUUUUAGUCUUGUUGCUCUCUGGUGGCUUGUCUGGCCAUUAACCGCACUAGGCAUUGAGCCAAAGUUUUCUUUGCCUAACUCAACUAGAGUGGAUGAAGUGGUGGUGGCAAAUGGCCUAAUCGGAAGUGUAUUAUCAGACUACUUCUGGGCUCUUACUGUUGUUUGGACUACUCCCUUGGUGGCCACCUUAGGCAUGUCUCUCACAAUUCCAAUAGCAAUGGUUGCUGAUAUGGUCAUUCAUGGUCGUCACUAUUCAGCAGUCUAUAUUCUUGGUUCUGUCCAGGUAUUUUCAGGUUUUGUUAUUGCAAACCUUGCAGACCGUUUUUCACGCUCUCUAGGGCUAUAGCUUCAUGAAAUAAAACAGGCUAUUAUUAGAGUGUACAUCUGGAAGUUUGGGUUGGUUAGAGAAAUACUCCAGAAAACUCUGGUGUUUAGUUUCAUGCGGAUUGGGAAAUGUCUGUAGUUCUUCUAUUCCCUUUGCCCCAUUUACACAUAAGAAUGGUGAAUUUUGCCGUGAUAUAGUGAAAGCCAGCGGAUCAAGAAGAAACUGUAUGUUGUAGCAGCCCUUUGCAACUGUAAAUUCUCUUACGACAAAAUGCUGGUCAAUAUAAGGGCAUAUUUGUUUCU